GGAGUGUGUCGCGCGUAGCCAAGCAACGGUUGUGCGCGCAUUUCGUGAAACGACGACGGACAGUCUCCGGGCAUCCUCCGUCCGAGAAGAAGAGCCGUUGCACGUUACGGUGGUGAUUGUGCUUGUGGUUGUGAUUGCGGUGGUGGUGCUGGUGGUGCAAGUAAAGGGCGUACCACGUGUUCGACCGGUGUUCGUUUGCUUAAAAGUGACCGUUUAAAAUAAUUCGAAAAAUUGAAUAAAAGAAACCCGUAACGGAUAAAAACGCGAACAGGAGUGGCAAAAACAAAAUAAAUAAAUAAAUAAAUAAAUAAAAAGAAAAGAAAGAAAAAUUUACAACCAAUCGAUAGUUGAUUAACAAACGAACAAAAUUUGGGUCAUAUUUCGUAAUGAACGGCUGUCGUGCACUUAUAUAUCGUUUAAUUAUUAUGCCUCAGUACGCAAGAAAAUAAUUAAAAAAAAAAAAAAAAAAGGACAAAAUAUUUCGCGUGAAUCGUCGACGGUUGUGUUAUUUCGAGGAAAAAAAGAACGUGCAUGGAUUAACACCGUUUAACCAGGAUUUUGACGCUCAACAGGAGUAAUAUAAACCGAAUACGAAUAAAAAAUUUAUCGUCGAGAAGAUGGAAAGUGUAUCUGGAGAAUCGCGAGGACGACAUCGAUCAUCGUCGGAGGGAAUUGAUCGUUGAGAGAUCGAAAUAUCGUCAACUACGUAAAUAAAGAGAUCGAAAACAAGGGGUGAGAUAAGUGAUAAGAUGUCGAUGAAGAGGCUGGCGGUUCUGGCUGCGGUACAAACGGCACAAAACGCGCACAACGGCACGUUGACGUCCUCGUGGUCGGCCGGCGGGGGUGGAGGUGGAGGUGGGGGUGGUACCUACGUAAUCCAGGGUUACAACAUGUCGACGAACGAUGGUGGAAGGUCGGGUCGUUUCGAAACGAACCUCCACGGGAACGUCAACAUUCUACUGGGAGGAGCGAUGCUGAGCGGCGUUGUAAUCGUGGUGGUUCUCGUCUGUUACUGCUGUCACAGAAACAUAAGAAAGCAUCAGCCUCAGGAAUAUUCCCAAUACUGGAGAACCGAACCGGAUGUUCACAGUCUCGAAGUAUUCACAAUGGAUUCCCACGCGAUGCAGUGUUUCGAGAGAGCCGGGGUGACGAUGGAUCACGAGGGUGGAAUGUUGGCCCCGGUUUCACGCCCCUUGACCCCGGGACCGCCGCCGGCGUACGAAAGUCUAAUUUUCAACUCGCAACACGGUCUUGCCGCUUCGCCCCACGAGAAAAAAGAUGGUCAAACGACACCUGGAGGCGACGCUUCGACGCCGCUUUCCGUCCUACUCGACGCAGCGGCCGAAAACCCUGCAGGGAUUGCCAAGGAGGAGGAAUCCCGUCGCGACGACGAAGGGCUGCCUUCCUACGAAGCCGCGCUAAAACUUGAGGCCAACGGAUACGUCUGAAUCGAAUAAACGAUCAACGGAUUUAAUUUCCGAGGAAAGAGAUUGGGGGAAAAAACUAACGAGGUUUUAAAAAAAACCCGAGACAUAUUAUUUGCGCCAAUGAUUGGUGAGCACGAAUUAAACGUCAUUGCUGAUAUUUUAUUUCACCAAAUUCAAAUUACACAAUAAGCUAAUUUUAAGAUAUCGAUAACGAUUUGAAAAACGGUCUCAUUAUUGUUACAAUGUUCAAUAUUGUUAAAACUCUGGUAGAAUAACUUUGAUCCGAUUUUAAUAUUUAUUCGGUUCGCUUCUAUCGCUUACCAAAUUCCUAAAUAUUUUUUCUUAUCCAAAAUAUUUGCGAAACUUUACUGACACGGUCGGCACGAAAGGUAGUGUAAAAAAAGUCGACGAUUUUUUACCGAUUAAAAUUCUAACCGAUAGCGUGCCAAUUCGAAAAUCUGAUAAAAAAAAAAAAAAAAAAAAAAAAAAAACUGAAAAUCGGUAUUCAAAAACACGUUUAUAAACAACCUGAUUUCAUGGUUUUUCCUGACCAUUAGCGACCAUGUUACAUUAUAAUAUAGUCAUAAUAACGCGCAAAUUCAAUUUUUUUAUCACAUUUUAAUAUCUGCUUUAAUUUACUUACGCAAAUCUGUUUUUAUUCAAUUUAGAGAUUUCGACUAUUUGCACAAAAAAUUGUUUAAGGCGAUUUUCUGAGUCCUCAAUGGUACAAAAGACAAGCCCAAAACCAUUGGAAUUCAAUAAAAAACACCAGAGUUCAAUCGCGAUAAAAAUUAUAAUUACGAAACCUUUUUUACAAAUCGUUGAUAUAACUUGACUUGUCAUUUUCAAAUUUGCUCAGAUUCAUUUCUCUUAAAUCGAAGGGAUGCUGUUUCAUUCGUGUUCACUAUCACCGGCACAAAUACAUUUCUCCAGAUUUUUCAAAUCGGUUUUUCUCUCUUCCUAAAUUCUGAUUGAGAAGAUGGAUCCCGAUCACAUUCCUCAAAAAUGUAUAGGUUGUAUGAUUCAGUCAAAAAUGCGCCUUGACGAAAAAAUUUAGGAACAGAGGGUUUGGAAUAAAAAUGUCGAGAAGCUUGAAUUUUCAUCGAUAUCUCGAACGAAAUAUUUCAUAACUUAAUAAUUUAGAGCGAGUUGAUUAUCGAGAAUUUUUUAUCGAUGCCGAUGGUCUUGUUACCCAUAUUAAUCGGACAUUGUUUUGACUUGACUCAUUAAUCUCAGAUGCGCUAAUUCUUCAGUCGUUAUUCUGUAAUUCUAUGCAUGUACUUAAAAUUAUACAAAAUUUAUUUAACGUAACAUUACACAGGAGUAAGAAUCUCGAUUUUUUGUUUUUUUUUUUUAAUAUCAAUACUAAUUUAACCAUUUUUCGCAUUUAAAAUGUGAAAAUUUAAUUAAAUUUGUGGAAAAUUAAUUUUUUACGUAUUCUUUUAAUUUUCUUCCUGACAUUAAUUUUUCAAUCUAGUCAUACGCGAUUUCAGGUAAUUUCUAUAAUCACAAGCCUAUAAAAGUUUUCAAAUAUUGUCUGAUUUAGAUGUACGAAAAAUUUUAAUUCAUUGUAUAGAAUCAGCAACUUUUUCGUAUAUUUUCUAAGUAUUAGUUACCUGUGAUCGCCGCAAAUUAUUUUGCUGCAAUCCGUUCGAAGAUCAAACACUUCGACGUAUCGUUAUUAAGUAAUUUUUUUAUAAUAAAUAGCAAAAAAAAAAAAAAAAACCAAGAUUAUUAUAAAAAAUAAUGAAUAUGUUAAAAGAUAAAACUUAGAUGACAGUACAAUGGCUGAUCUAGGAUUUUUGUAGAAGUUUCUUUGUAAAAGUAAUAUUGGUAAGAAGAAUGCAAUGCAGAUAGUAUUUUUGAUGAGCACCACAUUAUUUCAGGUAUUAUUAAUGUCUGCGAUAAAAAAAAAAUAUAUAUAUAUAUAUAUAUAUAUAUACAUACAUUAACCGCAAUCUCGAGGUAAUAAAUAUAACAUUCUACUUGUAAGAUGGUUUUUUUCGUCACUGCACUCGCUCUUUAAAACAAAUAAUCAAGAAGUGGAAUAAUGAGCAGAAACAAAAAAAUAAAAUAAAAUAAAAAUUGCAAAAACCGAAAACACCUGUCGUGUACCGAUAUGAAAUAUGAGAAUCGAUGUAAUAAUUAUAAGAGGAUAUACAAAUGAUUAGGUAACAUGUAUGGAAGGGAACUUAAAAAAAAAAAAAAAACGUAAAAAUGUAUUAAUAAA